GGCAGCUGACACAGGGAGAAAGAAACAGAUUGAGAACGGGUUAGAGGAAUGAAAAUACAUCAAACAUAAAUAAAGCGAAAUCAAAGCAAUAGGAUAGAUUGAGAGAAAGGAGAAAGAAGAAGAGAGAAACUGUGUAAAAAGGGAGAGGGACAGGGAGAGAGAAAGAAGAUACAAAUAAAGUAGGGGGAGUUUGCAGUUGACUUGAGAGAGAGGGAAAGGGAGAAAGGGAGAGAGAGAGAGCGAGAGAGAGACCAGCCGCCGGCCCAUUUAGGAAAGAUGGCUACAGUCACUGCUAACGGAGUGCAGCAAGAGAAUGGAUUCAGCACCACGAACAGCGCCGGCAGGAUGAACGGACUCAUGAUCGGUCAGAACACCAUUCCAAUGAAGGACCACGACGCCAUCAAGCUGUUUAUCGGACAGAUUCCCAGAAACCUGGAGGAGAAAGAUCUGAAGCCCCUUUUUGAGGAAUUCGGAAAGAUAUACGAACUCACUGUGCUGAAAGACAGGUUUACUGGAAUGCAUAAAGGAUGUGCCUUUUUAACAUACUGCGCCAGAGAGUCAGCACUGAAGGCCCAGAGCGCCCUCCAUGAACAGAAGACUCUGCCAGGGAUGAACCGUCCCAUCCAGGUGAAGCCAGCCGACAGCGAAGGACGAGGAGAAGACAGGAAGCUGUUUGUGGGGAUGCUUGGGAAGCAGCAGAGCGAGGAGGACGUCCGGCGGCUCUUUGAGACCUUCGGCCAGAUCGAGGAGUGCACCGUCCUGAGAGGGCCUGAUGGGGCCAGUAAGGGCUGUGCCUUUGUCAAGUUCUCCAGCCACGCAGAAGCACAGGCGGCCAUCAACAGCCUGCACGGCGGACAGACCAUGCCAUGUGGGUAUCCCCAGGGGGCGUCCUCCAGCCUGGUGGUGAAGUUUGCCGACACGGACAAGGAGCGGACCCUGCGUAGGAUGCAUCAGAUGGCGGGCCAGCUCGGCAUCUUCAGCCCCAUGACCAUCCAGUUUGGGGCCUAUGGCGCCUACUCUCACGCUGUAAGUCUCGGCUCCACGGGGGAGGAGACGCAGAUGAUGCAACAGCAAGCAGCGCUAAUGGCGGCGACCCAGAACUCGUAUCUGAACCCCAUGGCAGCCAUCGCUGCGGCACAAAUGCAGCAAAUGGCAGCUUUCAACGUCAACGGUCUGGUGGCUGCCCCAAUGACACCCUCCUCAGGCACCAGCACGCCACCAGGUAUCAAUGCCACGGCCUUGCCCAGCCUAGCAGCGCCCAUGGGGGUCAACGGGUUCGCAUCCCUCCCGCCCCAGACCAACGGUCAGCCUAACAACGAGCCAAUCUACACCAAUGGGAUCCACCCCUACCCAGGUGAGACAGCCAAUGGGAUUCACCUCUACUCAGCACAGAGUCCUACAGUGACUGACCCUCUCCAGCAGGCUUACGCCGGUGUGCAGCACUACGCAGCAGCCUACCCUGCCGCAUACGCACCAAUCAGUCAAGCGUUCCCCCAGCAACCCACCAUCAUCCCCCAGCAACAGAGAGAAGGGCCGGAAGGCUGCAACCUGUUUAUUUACCAUCUGCCCCAGGAGUUUGGAGACGCAGAAUUAAUGCAAAUGUUCCUGCCUUUCGGCAACGUCAUCUCCGCCAAAGUCUUUGUGGACCGGGCGACCAAUCAAAGCAAGUGUUUUGGCUUUGUGAGCUUCGAUAACCCGUCCAGUGCCCAGGCGGCUAUCCAGGCCAUGAAUGGUUUUCAGAUAGGCAUGAAGCGGCUGAAGGUGCAGCUGAAGCGGCCAAAGGAUGCCAACCGACCUUACUGACCCCUUUGCCGUCCACAUCCAGGAUGAAGGGCCACAACACCUUAUUUCCACAAGUGCAGUAUAAAGUACAAAGACUUCUUGCUCUGCUACAUAUCAUGAAAGAAGGGUGGUCCCUUGAUUCUGCUGGAAGAAUAGCUGGAGAAGAUUGGGUGACUGAGGAGGAGAAAGAACCCGGAGAUUCUUGUUUGUUUUUUUAGCAAAUGCCUCUUUUUUUCCCUGUUUUGCUUUGGCGUCUGUGGAAGAGGAUUUUUUGCAGAGACCAACUUUUUGCUGCUGUUUUUUAGAGAAGAUGGAAAACCUUUAUAGACACAUUAUGCUCAAAGCAUGCAAACUGACACCACACACACACACACACACACACACACACACACACACACACACACACACACACACACACACACACACACACACACACACACACACACACACACACCAGCCUGCUGCCAUUUUGGUUUUCGUGCCUACACAGGUGAUGUGCUCUGUGACAGGGCGAGCUCUGAGGAAAGAAGAAGAGAAAGGGAGAAUCCAGGAGAAUUUACAUGCAUCAUUCCUUAGGAAAUAGGGACCAAAGGACUUAACGCUUUUUAAAAGAAUAUAAAUAUAUACAUAUAUAUAUAUAUAUAUAUAUAUUUAAAAACCUCUUACCUUGUAGCUGCAAGUAUUACAAUUUAAUAGUAGUCAAAAUAAAUCAUUAAAUCAAUAUCCAGUGGCCUAAGUAAGAAUAAAAAGAUAAAGGAAAUAAUGUAUACAUUGAAAAAAAGACAAGGAAACGUAGUAAAGGGGCUGAUUAUUAUGUUCUGGUUGCUGUUUUGCCCCCAGUUAGUAGAUUAGAAAAUGUAGAAUACUAGAAAAGUAGAUUUGCUCUUUUUUGCUGUUGUUUUUUUUUUAAAGAAAAAAAUACUUGAACUUGUAAAGUAGGGGAGGGAUGAAAAAGAUACAAUUAUUCAUUUUGUCCGUCCCAGUGGGCUUUGGGGCAUUGGGGUCUCUCUCUUGGAUGUUACGGUCGGGCCGCUGGACAUGUCCCUCAUCAUGGUGUGCAACUCACUCACAGCACUAUCUGACAGCUAUAAAGGAACUGUUUUUGAGAAGAGGGGGAAGAAGAAGAGAAAAGACAGAUGGACCUUCCUAGUGUCUGUGCUGGACAGGGUGCACAAAUGAGAGGCUUAUUUCCCACAAGCCUUUGUGUUCAAGCGACAAUCCACUGUAAAAACCAAGCAAAUCGGACAUGGUGUGUUCUUUUCUUUUGAGCUUUUUUAUUACACAGGGAGUGUGCUAUUAUAAAACGUAUUAAAGAAAUGCUUAAAGAGAAGCUUCUGCAAACGAGAUGGACUAAUGGACAAAAAUUAAGGCAAGCAGAGAAGAAAAUGAUUGAGUUGAUAGCUACUGAAACUGCCAAAAGAGUGGACUCAACUGUAUAACAAUGAAUUGGCUCUCAUGGUGUUUGAGUAAAAUUUAAAAAAAUAGACCCAUUAAAAAUAACCACUUUAUAGGCAAGAGGGAGAACGAGAGAGAGAGAGAGAGAGAGAGAGAGAGAGGCCAGAGAUAUUUAUGUCCGCUGAAGCCGUUCUAAAGCUCUGGUGAGAUUGAGAAACAUCGCCUCACCCCCACGGCUGCAGAACAGAUACAAGCAGAACUUGCUCUGAAAAACACACAAGAUUUAUGGAUGGCCAAACAGUGGAAGCUUUUAGAGCUCAUUUAGCUGUGUCGUAUAUAAUGUACAUGCCACUGUUAACAUGUCCCCUCCCUGACCUGCUUUUUUUUCAAAUAUUAUAUAAUGAGCCUGUGGAAAAACCUACCUAUCCGUCUCAACCUAACCUAACACAGUCUGAAUUACAGCCAUACAACCGCCAUCGUUCAGCUCCUCCCUGCCAAUCCAUGCCUAGCAGAUCACAACUCUGAACUCUUAACUUGUCAGGCUUUUAGUUAGUGUCUAUGAGCCCUUUAUUUUGUGGUGGAUGCAGCUGGCCCCGCUAUAUGAAAACCAGAUCGAUAUGUUUGCGUUGAGUCUCGAGGAAGGAUAAGAUUGCAAGUCAUUCACUGUCCACACUUCCUCAAGUUCUCUCAGUAGAACACCAGCUUUCCCCCAGCUCUCCCCCUCCCUCCCAACUCCCUGAGAGCUGACUGAAGGCAUACAGAGGGGGAGGCAGAGCUGGACAGGGAAGAGAAGGCGAGAGGAGAGUGGGAGAAGUCAACAGCCAAACCCUGAUCUCUGAGUCCUACUCCACACCAACAUGUCCAACCUUGUCUUUUCUUAUCCUUCAAAGUGAUGCUCCUUGGAAUUAUCCCCCGGGGGACCAAAUCCAUGCAAUCAAAAGCCACAACCCCCCCCACUCAACACCACCACCUUGCCAAACAUCAUGUAUCUGUGCUGCCUAGCUCUUUGGGAAUGGGAUUGAAGGGUUGAUAAGGAAUCACUUGGCAUGUAUUAGGUACCUGCUGCCUUCUGUCCAGUCUGUCUCUGUUUACCUCUGGGACUUGCUCUCCAAAGCAGAGCGGACGCAUUCCAAGUCACUGACUGAAAGCCCUGCCUGCCUGCAUCACACAAGACACAUUUACAGUACAAUGACUUUCAUUGUCUUUCUCCCAGCUGCUUAAAGACAAUACCAUGCCACUCAUUUCUGUGAGCGAAAAGGUCUUGGAUUUGUCUUGAUUUGUAUCCUUGCUUUCACCAUACCACACUACUGUAAUGAAUGUUAGCUUCUGACUUUGUGUUUGUGUUCCUCUGCUAUAAAUAGACACUGUUCUGUUCCAUCAUGCCUUCCAGAACCCCAACCUAGCUGUUCAUAGCCUGGUUCAACCAGACUGAACUCUGCACUCAAAAAUGGUGGGUUCAGUCUGGUUUUACCAGGCUAUGCUGUUCAGCUGUUCCCCUGGAACAAUGUUUCAAACCAACUUGCAGUUCAGUGUUUGGCUUCAAUAGCCUUCAAUUAUCUCUUCCUCCGUAUUAGACAUGCUAUUUCACCUUUCCCUCUAAUCACGUUGUAAUAGUGAGGCUCUAUACAUUAACACCAACCAAGUGAAAAGUCAUCUGCAUAAUCACCUGGACCAAAUGACAGUGGGGAUGGUCCCUUGAAUGCUCUGUGAUGACAGAAGGUAGAUUAGAGAGAAUUAUGUUUGUAGCGGCUCCCUGGCAAGGAUGCCGACAGCUGACCUGGCACCGAUAUCACCGCAUCCGUAUUUAUGAUGGAGAUGGGAUCCAGGAAGAUGGAUAAAACCCAGCCAUAUCAUAGCUACUCUGGGUAUUAAUGUUGGAUAUUUGAUUGGCGUGGGUAUAGAUUAUGUUGAAAAUAAGGCAAAAUAGACUAGGUUUGAAAUAUUUCUCCAGGCAUAAAAGCUACUGAACAAUAGCAGGUUGAAAUGGGUAGCAGACAACCAACUAGUCCGUUGAAAAACCCUCAGUUCCUCCGUUGCAGCUGCCUGCCAGGUGGCCCAUGUUAUUGUACAUCAGCUUUCAGCACAUAAUUGUGUCUCAACAAUCGCCUCAGAAGCCGCCAUUGUCCACAAAACAACCCGCUCUAAAAUUUUUGCAUUUUUCACGGCAGUAUUACAGUCGGGACACCUGCAAAGCACAGAAUAUUGUUCAGAACUGGAGGAACAAUAUUGGUGAAGCACAGUAGUUAUUUUGAAUCAAAAUGAUGCCCGUUGAAAAAAACAGUGCCAGCUUUGGUCGUGUGUUGUCUCAGCUUGCCUUCAAAAACACAGUAAAAACACUCAGCCUUUAGUUGUUAUGAAGUCAGCAAAACAUGUAGGAACUAGGAAGCAACAAGAGUUAAUGUGAAGUAGGUCAAUAUGAAUGCAUGUUCUUCACAGCAGCCCUUUUGUGCUCAUUAUUUACGUAAUGCUGAAUUAAUCAAUAGGAAACCUAAUGUUCCGUGAGCGAUGAAAUCUCCUAUGCUUGUCUCUCUGCCGCUUCAAAAGCACCUCCUGCAAGACUAGUCCCAUUAGCCUCCCCACGAGCCCUCUGAUGGCUCCUACACCAGUUAAAUGCUGCACACCCCUACAGUCAACUUAGAGCAAGGUUAGGUUCAGCCUAGGUCCAAUCCCCUGCCCAGUCUUAUAUUCCCUGCUUGGCUAACGUGCUACACUCGUAUAGCCUUUCUGCUGCACCAGGGAGCUGCAGAAACGUGCUUGGGAAGGCUAGAUUAGACCAUGUUAAAUCAGGGAGCUGUUAGAACCAGGGUCCUCUUAUUGCUCUUCCACACAGGGGAGGAAGGUUAUUAGUGUGACAUGCAGUGAAAACAGAAAUAGCUGUAGUGAAGCCAGGCUCUGGAAGAAAGAAAAUGAGAAGUGGGUUUUAAUUCCUUCUCUUACUGACUCCAGAAGUCUGCCAGCUCAGCCCAUCUCAGCCCAUCUCAGCCCAUCUCAGCCCAUCUCAGCCCAGCUCAGCCCAUCUCAGCCCAUCUCAGCCCAUCUCAGCCCAGCUCAGCCCAUCUCAGCCCAUCUUAGCCCAGCUCUGGCCCUGUCUGGCCUUUAGUCAAGAAUGUUAACUUAGGAGUGACUCGCCUUACGCAGGACUGAAAGCCACCCACUCAUGUUAAGAUGAGAAUAUUUAGAUUGACAUUAUAGGUUAUUGCUAUUGUUAGUUCGACUCACUUUAUGAGUCUGUUUGGAAAUACAGUAACAGUCAAAAGUUCGGACACACCUUUCUUUAUUUUUACUAUAUGUGUUAAUUCAUAGUUUAUAU